AUGUCAUCUCCGCUCUACUCGCUUCCCUUUGUCAAGGACAUUGUCUCGUCGUUGACGGGCGGCAAGGACCCGUUUUACAACCUCUCCUGGGCCGGCGUUCCGCUCUCGCUCCUCCUCGCCGCGCUCCCACACUGGUACACGAUCUACCUCGCCGAGUCGAACAAGGUGCAAGGCGGAUGGUCCAACGUCAACCCGCGCUUCUGGGUCCAGACGCUCACCGCCAAGUCGCUCACCACCAAGCUCACGCCCCUCGAACUCACCAUCCUGCGCGGCCAGAGCUGCCAAGCCAAUGCCUUUGAGAACGUGCCCCUCUUCAUCGCCAGCCUCGUCUGGGCCAACUACGCCGGUCUGGACGUCAAGACGAUCAACCGCUUCGUCGUCGGCUACUUGGUCAGCAGGGCACUCUACACCCUGCUCUACCUCAACGUCAGCCGCAAGGCCAACAGCUUUGCCAGGACCGCCGUCUUUCAGGUCGGCAUCGGCUGGAUCAUCAGCAUCUGGCUGAAGGGCGCUUGGAAAAUCAGUCCCACUCUCAAAUAA